AUGUGCACUCUAGAGCCUCAACCGCCCCCGGCGCGCGGCCGCCACGCGGACAUUUUAUGGGGGAGUGAAAAAAAAGAGAGCGUGCGAGGGGAGCAGCAGCAGCGCAGGCUGCACGAUGAGCGGCGGGCGGAGGAGGAGCGCAGGGAGAUGUGGCAGCAGAAGCUUCUCAGGGACCUGGCGGUGUCAGCGCGUGAGCCUGCGGACUGGCUGAACAAGCUGCUCGUGCUGCUCUGGCCCAACGUGCUGCACCCCCGCUCUCUCGCCGCCACGCAGGCCGCCAUGCAGAGCAUCAUGGACAAGGAUGUGCCGCCGCAUGUGCAAUCAGUGGAGAUUCUAGAGAUGGAUUUCGGAGACGCAGCGCCGCAAGUGGGUCCCCUCGGCCUGUUCUGGUCAACGCGCCAGCCGCACAAGACCCACUCAACUGCCCGCCAUGGGGGUGCCGCUGCUGCUGCUGCUGCUGGGCUCACGGCUGACGGGCAGUCCAGUGGUGGAUUAGCAGGAGGAGGGGGAGGAGGAGUAGUAGGGGGAGAAGGAGAGGGCGGGACGGAGGGCGCAAGGGAACAGCGUGAGCAGCACGAGAGUGAGCGUGGGAACGAGCACACGCAGGGGGAGCAGGGGGGGGAGGAGGAGCAAGGGCUGAAUGUGGACGUGCGGUGGGGCAGCAGCGGGCUGUCUGUGGUGCUGGCAGUGCACUUCGCCUCAGACGCCCCUUUCCCCUCCUCCUCCUCGCACUCCCUCCUGCCCGCCUCCUCGUCGCUCUCCUCGUCACAGCACGGCACGCCGCACUCCCUCGCCUCCUCCUCCUCUGUGGCUCCCGCCGGGUUCAAGAUCCAGCUGGCUAUAUCUAACGUCGCUGUUGCCGGCACGGUGCGCGUGGUGCCGGUGUGCAAUGGCGGCGCGCUGCUGUGGUCGUUUGUGCGCCCGCCCGCCGUGUCCUUCUCCCUCGCCCUGCACCACCACACCAACGCCGACGCCGCGCUCUUCCUCAUCGCCGGCUUCGACGACUGGCUGGUGAGAGGGGCCGCAUGGGGUUGCCUGACGCGAGUGCUCUCGUCCUACAUUGCAGCCCAUGCUGUUGACCCAGUCAAGCAGCUGCUACCCCUCACGCUCCCUCCUCCCUCCCUCUCCCCCGCUCCUCCCCUACUCCUCCCCGCUCCCCUCCCCUCCGUUGUGGGCGGUUACCUCUCGCUCUCCCUCCUCUCCGCCUCCAAUCUCGUCCAACCAUCUGAUUCUCCUAGCAACGCCCCGCCUCCUCCAUCUGCUGCCGCUGCUAAUGCUGCAGCGGCACCAGCGCCAUUGCCAGAAGCAGGGGCAGGGGCUGCAGGGGAGGAGGCGAGGGGGGCAGUGGUGGGUCCAUGUGUGGUGGAGGUGCAGUGUGGGGAUAUACGUAGAGCUUCCUUGCCCAGCGUCACUUCAGGCCGAAACCCCAUGUGGUCCUCCGCACCUACUGCAGCUGCUGCUGCUGCUGGGGAUGCAGGGGAAGGAGGUGCAGCAGGAGGGGGAGCGGUGGCAGGAGCGGUGGCAGGAGGGGAGGAGGGCGCGAUGCUGCUGUGGGGCAAUGGGCCACGCUUCUCCCUCACUCUCACAGUCUGCGAGCUCUCCGGGAAAGUGGCUGCAGCAGCUGCUGCUGUCGCUGCCGAUGGUGCAGCAGCAGUAGCAGCAACAGCAGGAGGAGGAGGCGGAGGGGAUCGUGGUGGUGGGGCUGUGGGUGUGGCCUCUUGUGUGGUGCUCGGGACAGCACAGCUGCACGUGGCGUAUACGGGAGUGGAUGGCAGCGCAGGGGACGCCACCCCCUAUGCUGUGCUGUGGGGCAUGGGUCCGCACCGCCUGCCUGUAGUGCGCCGUGUGCCGCUCUCGCCCUCCUCCCUGCGCCCUGUCACCAUCUCCCUCGCCCUCGACUACCCGUCUACCUCGGGAUCUAUCCGCAUUCGCCUCUCUCCACCCUCCUGGCUGCCCACCCCUUCCCCCACUCCCUCACUCCCCUUCACUCCACCAUCCCUCUUCCCUCCUCCGCACCUCGUCCCCUCCCUUCUCGCCUCCUCCUCCUCGUCGUCCUCCUCUCCGCCCGCCCUGCCACCCGCGCCCCCCUCGUUCACGGGGCGCAGCAUCCGAGUGACAGUGGUGGAGGGCCGGCGCGUGUGGGAGAGCAGGGAUGGGAGAGCAACGGGCGUGGGCAUGGGGGGCAAGGGCGCAGGGGGAGGAGUGCCGGGGAUAGUGGUGGAGGUGGAAUAUGGCAAGCAAAGGGUGCGCACGAGGGCCAUUCCAGACACCAACCCCGUGUGGGGGGACGCGCUGCAGCUGCGCGAGGUGGCGGGGGCGGCACCCCUGCUGCACGUGCGCUGCCUCGCCUUCUCCUCGCUCGCUCCCUGGUCGCCCAUCUCCCUCGGCCACGCCUCUCUCUUCCUCCAGCCGGCAGCGCUACAGGGCGAUGCGGGGCUGUGGCUGCCCAUGGGCGGGGUGGGGGGCUCAGGGGACGUGCACCUCAUGCUGGCUCUCGAGCCACCGCACGCACAGGGGCUGGAGGCAGGCGCAGCAGCAGAAGCAGCAGUGGGAGGAGGAGGAGGGGGAGAGGGAGUGGCAGUGGAUGGUGGGCCGGGAGUGGAUGGCAGCACCGGUACUGGCAAGCGGCCAAGCAGUGUGCUCAGGGUUCGUCCCCUUCCCUUUCUCUCGCUCCACUCAUUCUUGGGGGCUGCAGGUGACGGUGGUGGGCGCGUGCAGGGGUCUACUCCUGAAGCGCCUAAAAAACGCCAACUUCUAUCCUCCAUACUCGUCUCCUCCCCUCUCCCCUACACCCCCUGGCGCAUCCCUCCCCUCCUCUUCUCCCAUCAGGCCCUGUCACGCAAGGACCGUGCAGUGUCAUCGCGGCGGCUGCAGGUGACAGUGGUGGGCGUGCGUGGACUGGCAUCGCACCCUGCUGUUGUGGCCGCCAAGGGCAAGGCACCCGACACAUAUGCCACCGUGCGCUAUGGCGCUACCAAGAGGCGCACCAAGGUGGUGCAUCGCAGUCUAGCACCAGAGUGGCAAGCGCUCUUUGACCUGCCAGACACGGGAGAGGACCUCGAGGUCACAGUCAAGGAGCCCCACGGCCUUGCUCUCGCCCUCUCCACCACCCUCCCCCUCGGGUCGUGCCGUGUGGACUAUAGCGGCUUGCGCCCGGGGUCCUCCCAGGAGUUGUGA